ACGUGUAAAAUAAUAAAAUUCGCGGAUCUGCGCGUACACCGCGCGUCACAAGUGCGCAUGCGUGUCUAAGGAGAAGUGGUCGAAUAACCGCUAGUCACAUCUCUCUUAGACUUGUUACAGUUGUUUAGUGCGGGAAUACCACAUGUAAGCGCGAGAGAAUAUUACGUAUUUUGUUAUCGUGGCUACUUUAGCGUGAAAACCCAUGACGUGAUGCUUAUAAUCAGUAUAGUGUAAGCAGUUGCGUCAAACAAGUUCGAUUUGUAACUUUCUUCCCAUUUAUAACCUCUUAAUUUCAUAUACAUGUACUUUCAAAAUUCUAUGUAGAAAAAAGUUUGAUAUUGUACAUGUGCUUUCAAAAUUCUAUGUAGAAAAAAGUUUGAUAUUGUGUUCUCCAUAAUAAAGAUAAAAUUAAAAGGAAGAGGAAAAAAAGUUUAAUUUAUUAAACAAUUUGUUGCGAAAUAAAAAUUCGAGCAUGUCAAUAUUUGCCUGUUGCGUUCGUCAGAAUAAUCGAGCGGCGAACGAAGCGCGUCAGCAAAUGUUAGCGAAAGAUCCGCCAGAGAUAUCAUGGGAGAACACGUUGGGCUCGCCCAACGGCGUGCCCUUCGAUGACGAUACGAAGGAACUGUUAAAGAAGUGCCUCGAUGUCUCCGUGCCGCCACCAACUAGCAUAGCGGAGCUAAUCAGACGAAGCAAUGCGUUCCCCGUGAAGUUCCCAAUUAAUACUAUGAGAUGCACCGCUCUGAAGGACAGGGGGAUCAGCGCGGAUAUUAUUGAAGUACAUUUAGCAAAUUAGUUAAUCGCAUUAUUAACUUAUAUUGUUAAGCAU